AUGUCAGAUUCCGAAUAUUCCGAAUAUUGUCCAGACGAAGAUGAAUAUACCGUAAAACCUACAAAAACGCGUAAACCAACUGUAAAAUCUUCUUCAAGUAAAGCAUCUUCUAGUAAAGUCUCAGCCGGUAAAAAACCUUCUAAUAAAGUUAGUAAAGUCACCUCCAGUAAAGCAACUUCUGGUAAAGCCGCUUCUAGUAAAAUCGCUUUCAGUAAAGCCCCUUCUUCAACUAUCGCUUCCUUUAAUGAAGUUUCGUCAAGUAGAACUAUAACCCAAGCAAAAAAGUCUGUAGAAGAAAUAUACCAAAAGAAAACUCAACUUGAGCAUAUUUUAUUAAGACCUGAUACUUAUGUUGGAUCAGUUCAAGCGUCGGCCGAAAAGCUAUGGGUUUAUGAUUCGGUCAAAAAUAUCAUGGUCUAUAGAGAAAUAAUUUAUGUUCCAGGUUUAUAUAAAAUAAUAGACGAAAUCUUGGUAAACGCUGCUGAUAACAAAAUUCGUGAUCCCUCUAUGGAUACUAUAAAAGUCGUUAUUAAUCAAAUUCAAGGGGAGAUUUCUAUUUAUAAUAAUGGCAAUGGUAUACCUAUCGAAAUUCAUAAAGAAGAAAAUGUAUGGGUACCAGAACUAAUAUUCGGCCAUCUUUUGACAUCUUCUAAUUAUAAUGAUGAUGAAAGGAAGGUUACUGGUGGUCGGAAUGGCUAUGGCGCCAAAUUGGCAAAUAUCUUUAGUACACAAUUCAUUGUUGAAACUAUUGAUUGUUCCAUUGGAAAAAAAUAUCGUCAAAUAUUCAGAAAUAAUAUGACUGUCACAGAACCUCCAGAAAUCUCGUCUUAUUCAAAAAAAGAGGAAUACACAAUGAUCACUUUCAAGCCCGACUUUCAAAAGUUUAACAUGCCUAAUGGACUUGAUGAUGAUUUCAUAGCGCUUUUGAAGAAACGCGUGUAUGAUCUAGCUGGGGUCGUAAAAGAUGUUAAAGUUUUCUUGGAUAAUGAAAGAGUGAGAGUCAAGAAUUUCAAAGAUUAUGUCAUGAUGUAUUUGAGUGAAUCUGAUGAAAUUGACUUAAAGUCGUCAAUUAUUUAUGAAGAAGUCAAUCCAAGGUGGGAAACGAAGGAAACUCUAACAUUAAGAGUUUCAGCAUUUGGUUCAAAAUGUAAUCCAAGUGAUGCAUUUUAUAAUAAAUUACUUAAAAGUAAAGUGGUUGAAAGUAUAUUGGAAGAUGUCAGAUAUAAACAAAACAAAGACCUAAAGAAAACUGACGGGAAAAAGAGAGAGAAGAUCACAGGUAUUACCAAACUUGAUGAUGCGAAUAAUGCUGGCGGCAAAAAAUGCCAAGAAUGUACCUUAAUUCUUACCGAAGGUGAUUCAGCAAAGGCUCUUGCAGUUGCCGGAUUUUCCGUAGUUGGUCGCGAUAACUAUGGAGUUUUCCCACUUCGUGGAAAACUUUUAAACGUAAGAGAAGGAACACAUUCUCAGCUCAUGAAUAAUGUAGAAAUACAACACAUAAAGCAAAUCCUUGGAUUGAAACAAGGCGAAGAAUAUACAUCUACAAGUAAAUUGCGUUAUGGACACCUCAUGAUAAUGACUGAUCAAGAUCACGAUGGAAGUCAUAUAAAAGGAUUGAUCAUUAAUUUCUUAGAUCAUUUCUUCCCAUCAUUGCUCAAAAUUCAAGGUUUCUUGAUGGAAUUCAUAACACCUAUUGUAAAGUGCUCAAGAAUUCGCACCGAAAUUGCGUUCUUUACAUUGCCAGAAUUUGAAAAUUGGUUGAAAAGCAACGAUAAUGGUAAAGGCUGGCAUAUCAAGUAUUACAAAGGUCUUGGUACAAGUACUGCCGAAGAAGCCAAGAAAUACUUUAAGGACCUAAAAAAACAUAGAAAACCAUUCAGACCGAUACAAACUGACGAACGCGAAUUGAUUGACAUGGCUUUCAAUAAAAAGAAGGCUGAUGAUCGUAAAGAAUGGCUAAGAAAUUACGAACCUGGAACCUACAUGAAUCAUAACGUCGAUGAGAUCACAAUUACCGAUUUUAUUAAUAAGGAGUUGAUAUUAUUCAGCCGAGCAGAUAAUGAAAGGUCCAUUCCAAACGUUCUCGAUGGAUUUAAACCUGGUCAAAGAAAAGUUCUUUACACUUGUAUUAAGAACAAAUAUAAAAAAGAAGUAAAGGUCUCAUCAUUAGCCGGUGCAGUUUUAUCUGAGGCAGCAUAUCAUCAUGGUGAUUCCAGUCUUCAAGGUACUAUAAUUGCAAUGGCCCAUGACUUUGUCGGUUCGAACAAUAUCAAUGUUCUUUACGGAGUAGGUCAAUUUGGUACAAGAAUCCAAGGCGGUAAAGAUGCAGCUAGUGCACGUUAUAUUAGCGUUACGAUUCCUACAUUGACUAGAUUGAUAUUUCACCCUCAUGAUGACGUUUUACUUACCUAUUGUAACGAUGAUGGACAGAUCGUUGAGCCUGUAUGGUAUCUGCCCAUUCUACCUAUGCUCCUCGUCAAUGGCUCCGAGGGUAUCGGAACUGGUUGGAGUUCAUAUAUUCCAAAUUAUAAUCCACGGGAUAUCGUUGAUAAUUUGACGCGAUUAAUAGAUGGCGAAGAACUUAAGCCUAUGCACCCUUGGUACCGUGGUUUUCAAGGUGAAAUUGAUUAUACAAGCAAAGACAAAUAUAAAGUCCGCGGUAAAUUUGAACUUGUAGAAAAUAAAUCAGAAGUUAGAAUUACUGAAUUGCCGGUUCGUGUUUGGACACAAAACUAUAAAGAACAGCUUGAACAAUGGAUUGCCGGAACAGAUAAAAUACCCGCUUGGAUAAAUGAAUACAAUGAAAAUCAUACGAUAACUAACGUUGAUUUUACCGUUAAAUUGACUGAAAAUAAUUUACAAGCUGCUUUAGAUGAAGGACUUGAAAAGAAAUUCAAAUUGACUUCUAUCAUUAACACAUCAAAUAUGGUAUGCUUUGAUGGUAGAGGAAGAAUUAAGAAAUAUAGUUCAGCUGAAGAGAUUCUUAGGGAAUUUUAUGAUUAUAGACUAGAAUAUUACUUUAAAAGGAAGGAACAUAUGCUGAAGGUAUUAGAAGUUGAAGUUAAUAAACUCAGAAAUAAAGUUCGAUUCAUUCAAAUGAAGAUAGAUCAUGACCUCAGAUAUGAAGGACUUCGUAAAGCCGAAAUCAUUAAAUUACUUGAGUCCAAAGGUUUUGAAAGAUUCAAAAACUCUAAAGAAGAGAAUAAUGAUGAGGAAGAAUCUGGUGACGGCGAUGGAUAUAAUUAUUUAAUGAAUACUAAAUCUUGGAGUUUUUGUAAGGAAGAAGCACAAAAACUCGUAAAUAAAAGAGUCGAGAAAGAAAUGGAACUUGCCGAACUUCAAAAUAAGGCUCCGCAAAUGAUUUGGAAAGAUGAUCUAAAUAAUUUCUUGGACGAGUGGAACGUAAGUUAG